AUGCCGGUCACAAGUCUUCCGUCGCGGAAGAUGUCGAGCCGCCGGCGGCACGGUGACUCCGACGACGAGGAUUUCUCCACUUCGGUGCAGCAGCGACGGCCUACACCCGUGCGGGAGGAGGAAGAAGAGACAGAGCUGACUAGCAGCGUGGAAGACGACGAUUCCGACGAUGGCGUGAACGAUCCCGCGUCUCGGACGGAUCUUUACCCCUCUGUAAGCCGCCAGUUUCCUAGAGACACAGGCUCCCCCGUCAUGUCUCAUCACGGUGGCUCGCUGCAGCUCUGGCGCCUUUCCUCGGGGUCGUCUGGAACAUCGCAAACCCCCGAGUCCAUAGGGCAGAACCCGAGGGUGUGGAGCGGCCCUCAUUCGGCUGCAACGAAGGGCAUCUCAACGCGCUACACAACUGUUUUUGCGGGAAGCCGCCAAGCAGACGGGGGAGAGACGCCGAGGCGUGGCGAGUCGCCUACGGAGGACGCUCUGCAGCUCAGGGGGACUAAGGUACCCCUCCCUGCACCGUCGAGCGACUCAAACGGCAGCGGUGAGUGGCGGUCUGCGCGAGGGGCGCACACACUCCGAGGCUUCGCAGGUGAAGUGUCUCCACGCCGCAUGCAGCGGGCGCGCAGCCCAGACUUAGACGCGGUUUCUGCACGCGGUCACCUAGAAUCGCUCGCUUCCAGUUCCCCGGUCGAUGACUGGCGACAGGGCAGCGCUGCGACUCACCAGGCGCCUUUGACCGGCUUCAGCCGGCAGGCCAUCCGGAGCCAGUGGUGGAGCCGAGCGAACGAAGGAGAGCCGCAAGUGCUGCGGCACGUUUUUGAGGAGCUGUGCUCCGACGAAUACGAGAAAGACGACAGCAAGCCGCUGGCAUGUUGCGGCUUCUGUCCACUCAUCGUCACCCGAAAAGGCUGGAAAUCGUUGUUCUCAGUCUUCUGGCAAGACUACAACUUCGACCUACUCAUGCGCGACUACAUACUGGAGUUCCCACAGCGACAGAACCACGAGUCAACCCGCGCACCAAGUUAUGAUGUGGGACCGCCAAGCAAUACCAUGUUUUCUGCCGGUCGAGCGGCCUCGCAGCAUCGAGGGCAGCUCAGACAUGUCGGCACAAUGGCUGAACAGUAUGCUGGAAGGGUUGCCCAGUUCUCGAAGGAUCCGGAUUCAGGGAUCAAACACAAGACAGCCGCGCGUCGGCUUACAACGGGAUAUCCGUUCGUCACUUUUCGAUACAGAGCCCUUAAUCACGCAUACGACUAUCUUCUCGGCCAAGUUGUCCCAGUGAAGGUGAUUUGGGCAACGGCGUUAACUAUAGUUGGACAAGUGCUUCUGUCCGUGUUCCAGCUGCUUGUUGCUCGGGACCGCGCAGGCCUUUUCGCCGACGUUGUCAUACGAGCUGGCGUCUGUCUGGGAUUACUGACGGUCCUUUUCGUCUUCCCCCUGUUCGCGCGGUUCCGUUGUCGAGCGGAAGUGAUUGUGACGUCUUUGGCGUCUUGCUUCUUUGUGUUUUGCUGCAUUUUUGAAACGUGGCAAAUGAUCGGAGGACGGACAGGCCUAUCGGAGCCUCUGUCACAGCAAGAGAGGAACGCCACGGUGGGCUGCGUGGACCUCAACUACGAAGGCAACAAUUUUUUUGAAGUUCUUGUAGUAGUUGUUCUAACGGCCACCUCAGUACGUACCAGUUUGCUGUUCUACGUGCACAUGGCGGCUAUUCUGAACGUGGUUUUCCCGUGCGUGAUCAAGUGUGCCAUCAUCAGUGGAGGUUUAGCUAGACUGUCUACGGCAACUGAGGGAUACUUCAACCUCUGCACCAUUCUUGUUGCUAUGUAUAUGGGAUACUACAAAGAAGUCAGCCAUCGCCUGGCGUUCUAUAGCUGGUAUUGCGCGAAGUACAGAAUAUGCCCGGCAGGGGGAACCCGAAAGCUUUCAAACAUGGCUACCAUGUCGCGGUAA